AUGAGAGAAUUCCCGUCAACGUUAAGAGGAUGGUUCAACUUUAUUCCAAAUAUGAAACCUAUUCCUAAUUUAGUUAUGAAACUAACGCGGUUUACGAGGUAUCUUAUUACUUUAAUAAAGGGUCAAAUGAUUCAAGCUGGGGUAAAUAUUUAUUUGAUGAGAGUCAUUCAAGAUCGAUCAUUUAAACAUUUUAGAAAGAAAGCACGUAGUCAAGCAAGUUUUCCUUACG